AUGGUACAAAUUCCAGUAUUCACAGGUGAGAAAAGAAAGUAUGAAUCUUGGAAGGCGGCAUUCAAUGCUUGUAUUGACAGUGCACCGUCUACUGCUGAAUAUAAGCUCUUGCAGUUAAGACAAUAUUUAUCUGGUGAGGCAUUGAAGUCGAUUGAAAAUUUAGGGCAUUCGGCAGCUAGUUACGAAGCAUCAAAAGAACGUUUAGAUAGAAAGUUUGGAGGUAAACGAAGGCAAGUUAUGGCAUAUCUAGAAGAAUUAGACAAAUUUCCGGUAAUGAAAGAGGAGAGUGCUAAAACUAUCGAGAAAUUUGGGGACUUGUUAGAUAUUGUAGUGAUUAAUUUGAUAGAAGCAGAAAAGGAAGAAGAUUUAGGAGAUGGAGCACUGUAUUUGAGACUUCUGAAAAAAUUGCCUGAAACAAUGCUUACGAGGUAUAAUCGGUGGAUUUAUGAAUCUAAAGAAGAUGAAUCCGUUCAAACAUUAAGAAAGUGGUUCAAUCAGGAGGCUAAAUACUAUGUUGCUGCUGCCGAAACUGUUCAUGGACUUUCUGGAGACAAGUGGAAGCCUUCAAGACCACAAGUAACUACUCACUUUGUAAAUAACAAAAAAAGUCAAGGAAGCCAAAAGGUCUGUAAAGUCUGUUUUGAUAAUCAUGAUGUUUGGAACAUUUACGUGUUCAAACAGUUAUCACCAUCACAGCGUUGGGAAAAAGCUAAAGAUCUGAAGUUGUGUUUUCGGUGUUUAGGAAACGGACAUGCUGGUAGUACAUGUAAUAGAAUGAAAGUUUGCGGAAUUCAAGGUUGUAAAAAGAACCAUAAUAGGUUGUUACAUAAUGAAGAAAUGAAUUAUCAAAAUGCGGGUAACAGUUUGUCGUUACACAAAGAUGAAAUGAAUCAACAAAAUGUAACUACAAAUGAAAAUGCGACAAGUCAUCAUGUUCAACAUCAGGAUCAUGAUAAUGACAAUCGUUUCUCAGUACCAAAUCGGAUUUCACUUCGCACAGUUCCAGUAAUAGUGAAAAAUGGAAGUAAACAGUUGACUGUAAAUGCACUGUUGGACGAUGGCAGUUCAAAAUCAUACAUUAAUGCAGAUGUAGCUGCAGAAUUAGGAUUAGACAUAGUAUCUAAUGCACAGUUGAUAACAGUAAAUGUUAUGAAUGGUAGAAAAGAAACUUUUGAAACUGCACCUGUGAAAUUUCAUAUUGAAGGCUUGAAUGGUCAAGUGAAAAUGGGAAUGGAGGCUACAACAACAACUUGUGUAACAGGAAAUCUCAGAACAGUAGAUUGGAAUAAACAAUCUGGACAGUUUAAACAUCUAAAUGGUAUAUAA